CGCACCGAACGCUUUCAGUUUCUCCGAUGCUUUCUGCUCUCGCACAACCAAGCUUGGACCCAGUAGUGCACAGGUCUGGUGAUAACGGUUGGAAAUGUCUCCCAGAUGUUGUUGACGCAACCUUGCAUCCUGAAUGGGUCGUAGAUAAUGAUAAAGGAGCAUAUGAGAUGAGUUUUUCUUUGUGAUCGUAUUCUUCCUCACAUUUCGGAUGCAUAAGCGAUACUGCAGCCGAACGCUAAAUUACGCUUGGGGACUGAAAGAUAAUGGAAAUGGAGAUACUGGAUGUCAAGCACAGACGCAAGGACGCACGCAUUUAGAAAGGGGACAGAAUUCAUUGCUAUGCUGGAAGAUAUGGCUGGUAUCCCGAAUCUCACUACCGUCGAUUGGGUACCUGGCGUGGGCCACAAUGCUCGAGGUAUGAUGGCGAGUGAAGCAGGAAUCGAUAAAUUGUUCCGAUACACCGGAUACAAGACGAUUUUAUAUCCCUGAAUUCCUUGAAGAAAAGACUUGUUUCAUUUAAGCCCUGCCGACGCUGAAGGGGGGUCCCGGGGUCGGAGCCAGUGAAAUAAUUCCGCAACGGCGCACUCAAUCCUGGUAUCUGCCUAUCUUUAUUCCAUACCUAUUGUCAUCUACUGGGUCGCAUUUGUCUUUCAAUCAUACAAAGGACAUUGGCAUAGCAAUAUACUUGUCUCUGGAAUUUUGCACGUUAGCC